UGGGAAUUGUGUAGUGUGUUGCUGAUCUUGUCGAGCCUCGUGUUGAUCUGCUCUGUUCUUUCCAUGCCAUCUCUACGUUCCAUCUCUCCCUCAUCGAUGUCUCUGGAAGGCGGCUUCAUAGAGAUAGGGUAGGUUGCAAGACCUGUCCGUUAUCAGCGACUUGCACUCGCAAUCUAGGCUUCAAGCCAGCAUGCCAGCGAUGUAUAUCGUUCAGAUUUUGCAUGACUUACUGAGAUUCUUCUUGGCAUAACUAAGUCACGGCAUGGAUAGAUCCAGUGUUGCCGUGAGUGCUGUCGCAAACCCCUAGGUCUCCGCGUUGUCUUAUUGUCAUGGAUUUUCCACAUGCAAUUGCAUGUACACACUCAUCCUUCUUGGAUUAAUCACUACAUACAAACAUAUGUAUUAAUCUAUAAAUAUACAUAAGCAUACCUAUGCCCAUCAAGAAGCAGUCUUUUUCUCACCUUGCCCUAUUCUGCCAAAGUGAAUAGUUAGGCGAUGGGAGAAUGGACCGCAUGACGCUAGAGGAGAAAGCAAUAGCAGGUUCCUUCCCAGCCAGAGGUCAGGCAACUUCUGCUCGCUUACGGUCUACAAAAGCUCCCGCUGCUUCGUUUCCCACAACCAUUCUUCUUCUACCCUUCAAUCCCACCCUCAAGAUCCUCACCGUUAUCUCGUGAGUCCUUCGCGAGGUAAGUAUCGAAGAAGUACAAUCUGUUAAUUACGGAUAACCAGUCUUCUCUUGCAACAACGCUCAGGUCAAGAUGUCUUGGGACACUCAUGCGGCUGGUGGUGGUGGUGGUGGUGGUUGGGACGCCGGACCUGCUACGACCUUCAAUGAUCCUACCAAUGGUUCUUUCGGCGAUGGCGGUAACAAUGCUGGUGGUGCCUUUGAUGGUAAUGGUUUCGGCGGCGGUGAUGCCUUCGGUGACUCUGGUGGCGGUGGAGGUGGUCCUUCGGGAGGCUGCUUCAAUUGUGGUCAGGAGGGACACAUGAAGGGUGACUGCCCAAACCCAGCCAAGCCUCGUCCAUGCUUCAACUGUGGUCAAGAAGGACACACCAGCAAGGAGUGCACAAAUGAAGCUGUUCCUCGAGAAUUCUCUGGCACCUGUCGAAUCUGCGAGAAGGUCGGCCACCGUGCUACCGAUUGCCCAGACAAGCCUCCCUCAAUUUGUAAAAACUGCUGCGAGGAAGGACAUGAAAUCGUUGGUUGCAAGAAUCCCCGCAAGAUCGACCGCAGCGACAUCAAGGACGUCUCGGGUGAGGUCGCCUGGCAGAUGAUCAAGCAAGCCGUUUCUGAACGCGAGCUUGACGAUGUCAAGGAUUCCGUCGACAUGUAUGUCAAGGCAUGCCCCGAUGUUACUUACGUCCAACUCGAGGAAGCCUUCCGCACCCAAGAAGUUCCUAUCUAUCUCAUUGCCAUUGAGAAGGAGCUGAGCUCCACUUACACCAACAUGGACCUACAAGGUAACCUUGGCAAGAAGUAUUCUAUCUCCUGGCGUUGGUCCGAUAAGCCCCGUGCUCCCAAGGAGAUGGAAAUUUGGCCAACAACCCCAGAGGAGAACCUUGAGCGAUUGGCUGAUGCAGGUCAACCAAUUGAUUGCAAGAUGCCGAAAUGCUCAAACUGCGAUGAGCUUGGUCAUACUCAGAAAUCUUGCCCUGAAGAGAAGAUGGAGAAGGACCGCGCACAAGUGCAGUGCUACAACUGUGAUCAGAUUGGACACCGUGUUCGUGAUUGCCCAGUCCCUCGCCCUGACAAGUUCGCCUGCCGAAAUUGCAAGAAGUCCGGUCACAGCUCCAAGGAGUGCCCAGAGCCUCGCUCUGCUGAAGGUGUUGAAUGCAAGAAAUGUAAUGAAGUGGGCCAUUUUAGCCGUGACUGCCCUCAGGGAGGCGGAGGUGGUAUGUGCCACAAUUGCGGAGAGACUGGCCAUCGAAAGCAGGAUUGUACCAACGAAAAGGUACUUAUCUGCCGCAAUUGCGAUGGUAUUGGUCAUAUGAGCAAGGAAUGCCCUCAACCAAAGGAUUGGUCUCGUGUCAAGUGCUCGAAUUGCAACGAGAUGGGCCAUACCAAAGUCAAAUGCACCCAACCUCCAAAGGAUGAAGGUGGCAAUACUGGUUUCGGGGGCGACGGCUUCGGAGGAGGGGACAGUGGUUUCUCCAACAAUGCUGAUGCCUUCGGCUCAGGUGAUAGCGGCUUUGCUGCUGCUACUACUGGCGACGAUUACAAUGGGGGAAGUGGUGGAGGCGGUGCAUGGUAAAGGAGUUACCUAAAUUGGACUUCGUCUCUGUCAACUUUCUAUUUGGAUGACAGACAAUGGGUCGGUGUUCAUUAGUUGGGUUCUGCUCGUUGGCUCAUCUUUUGAUCAUAGAUGACGGGUUGCUUUACCUUAUCUGCUUCUUAUCUUGCGAGUUUGCUACCAAAAUGGUGGAUAUGCACAGGACAACAAAUGUUUGAGCUAGCUAGAUACUUUGUCUCUCAGCAAUUAGCAUAAACGAAAGUCCUGCAUACUAGCGA